CCGACGACGAAUCCAGCAACGAUGGCCUUCUCGAUGAAGCUCAAGGCAGGAAAGAAGUCGUCCAAACCAGCUUUCCCUAGCGAGAAUCAGCCGUCCAAAGGUGUCUUCUCCAUCGAUGAAGCGAACUCCGCUCCGAUUGCGACCAAGGGACCGGCAUCGCUUCCACCCCCACCGCUCAUGUCACAAGCUCGACCAGGCGUCUACUCCAAGUCCGAGCGAGUGGCACAUGAGGCAUUGGCAGACGAUCCCAAUGUAUUUGACUACGAUGGCAUUUACGAUUCCAUGCGAGUAGAGCGACAGAAACUGAAGGAGGCGAAGAAGGUCCAUGGAGCGCCCCAGUCCAAGUACAUUGGCGCGUUGAUGGAGAAAGCAAAGAUCCGAGAAGUUGAGCACGAUCGUAUUCGAGAGCGCCGGUUGCUCAAGGAGCGCGAAGAGGACGAUGCGCUGCAUGGGGAGAAGGAGAAGUUCGUCACGGCCUCAUACAAACGCAAGUUGAUGGAAUCGAAGCGAUGGGAGCAGGAAGACGCGCGACUGGCUGCGAUUGAGGCCGCCAACGACGUCACCAAGCGAGAACACGGCAUGGCUGGCUUUUACGCGAAUCUGUUGACAAACAACAUUGCCAUGGGGGGCGACGUGUCCAAAGCUACUAGUGCGUACACGACGGGCACCCUAUCCACAAAACUACCAGAGUCCUUGGACGCGCUUCCUCCAUCGCCCAAACGACAAAAGGCGGUUGAACCAGUCCAACACGUGGAGAAGGAGGCGACUGGAGUGUCUGACGUCACCCCAUCGAUUGAUGCUGCAGAUAAACCCACCAAAAGUGCCAAGGAGGAACCGGCCGCACCACCCACCGCGAGCCGACAAGAUGUCAUUCGCGCAGCCAAAGAGCGAUACUUGGCGCGAAAGCAAGCGUCGUCGUCCUCGUGAUAACUCAGACUUGUGGCUAUGACGACAUACACUCGUGAUAUAUAUUCUGACCAUCAAUCGAUUGACAGCGCAAGGCUCAAAUAAGGGCUUACAUGGCGAC